AGGCGUUUUACGCUUUUACUCUUUAACCUUUGUUCUUUCUUCUGUCAAAACUCAAAAGCUUCAGCGUCGUUCUUAGCUUUAGGGUUUUGCGACAGGAAUCUGUCGCCAUGGAUCUUUCAGAGCUCAAUUCACCUGAAAUGCAGAAAUUCUACUCCGAAGAACAGCAAAAGGCUGUGAUUACUGAAACAGUGGCUAAGGCUACAAGCGAAUGUUGGGACAAAUGCAUCACGGGUACACCUGGGAAUAAAUUCAGUUCCAGUGAAGCUUCUUGUCUUUCAAACUGCGCCCAGCGUUUCGUCGAGACGAACAUACUUAUCUGGAAAAGGUUUCAGAGCAUGCAAUGAAUUAUCGAGGGCUUCAAUGUGCUUUCUCAUUCAAAUUACCAGUGCCAGAAUCUUAAUAUUGUUUAGCAGUUAGCACUUUCUUGGACUAAAAUUUUUUUACCCUCCUGGCAUACCUGAAACUCAAGGGUUUUUUGAAAAAAAAAAAAAGAUAGAAUACAGAGUUUAAUGUUUUUGUUGGUUCACGAAAAGUACUUAUAGCAAGUGUUUUAAAUUGCCAUGCGAGCAAAGUCAUUUAUUCAUGCCA